AUGAGAGAGAAGGAUCUUCUUUUCGAUACAAUACUUACUCGUAGCUUUAGCAAAAAUCAACAGAAAAGACUUGGCUAUGGAGCUUUCAUUGCGUGUCUUUUCUUCGUGUCCACUCUUUGCACCGUCUUUAAACAUUGUCUCAGCCCAUUACCAACAAUGGAGUUGCAAUUAUCUGUGGACACUGGUCUCAGGAUGCUGAGAGUAACAGAAACUCAGAAACCGCAAGCGUUAAGUAGUACUACACCCACUUCAAUCUCCAAAAAACAAGCUAUCUCAGAUGGUAGUAAAAUAGAGGAAACGGUAAAAUGUAAGAAGCAAUCAAGAACAGAAGUAUGCGAAUUAAACGGCGACGUAAGAGUCCACGGUAAAUCCGCGAUGAUUCUCGCCGCGAUCACGUCUGCUUUUUCUGGUAAUACCACGUGGCAAAUGAGACCUUACGCGCGAAAAAGAGACCCUGGAGCCAUGAACCGCGUUAGAGAAUGGACGGUCAAAUUAGAUAAAAACGGCGAGCGAUUAGAGAACGCUAAUUUCUCACGUUGCGUUAGAAAUCACAGCGUUCCCGCGAUGGUUUUCUCUCUCGGAGGUUACUCGAUGAACAACUUCCACGCGUUCACUGACAUCGUGGUUCCUCUUUUCACGACGGCGCGUAGAUUCAACGGAGAAGUUCAGUUCCUCGUGACGAACAAGAACCAAGCGUGGAUCAACAAAUUCAAGGAGAUACUGAGGAGUCUCUCGAACUACGAUCCGAUUAACAUCGACGACGAAGACGAAACGCACUGUUUCACAACCGUCAUCAUCGGCCUCAAGAUCCAUCCAGAGUAUUUCCAUGAGCUCACGAUCGAUUCUUCCUUUUCUGAAUACUCCAUGUCCGAUUUCCGGAGGUUCCUAAGAGACGCGUACUCGUUGCGAACCGCCGCCGUGGAUCCGCGGCGGCGGAGGAGGCCUCGGAUGAUGAUUCUCUCUCGAGUCGGAUCGCGAGCCUUCACGAACACAGACGAGAUCGCGAACGCGGCGGGAGAGAUCGGAUUCGAAGUCGUGGUGGCGGAAGCGAACACAGGCCUCGCGAGAUUCGCGGAGACGGUGAACUCGUGCGACGUGAUGCUCGGCGUUCACGGCGCGGGGCUGACGAACAUGGUGUUUUUGCCGGAGAACGCGGUGGUGAUUCAGAUUCUUCCGAUCGGUGGAUUCGAGUGGCUGGCGGAGACGGAUUUCGGGAGGCCGGCGAAGGGGAUGAAUCUGAGGUAUUUGGAGUAUAAGAUUAGGGGAGAGGAGAGCUCGCUUGUGCGGCAGUACGGACGCGAUCACGAGGUCGUUAGAAAUCCAAAGGCGUUUGGGAAACGCGGUUGGAUGGCGUUCAAGGCGACCUAUUUGGUACAGAAUGUGACCGUUGAUAUAAACCGGUUCAAGCCGGUUCUUGCUAAAGCUUUUGAGCUAUUGCAGACACAGUCGAUGUAAAAUAAAUAGUUUACUGCAUUCGUGUUCUGUAAAUUCUUAUAGUCAGGUCGGAAUAUUAAUUUAAAAUUUAUCAUUAAAAUCAUACAACUGAUAUUUCAUUAGUUGAAUAACCAAAAGAAGAUCAAACUCACAAAAACUCUC